AUGAAAAGUAUUAAUCAUCGUUCACGUUCAUCAUCCGUAUCAUCAAACGGUAGUAUCAAUAACAAUAAUAACUAUGGUUAUUCAUCAUCUGAUUCCUUUUUGUCAUUAAUUGAGUCACCGGUUUCAUCAUCAUCGAAAAAUCAGUCUAAUCAACAACAAAAUCAAACAUAUUUUAGAAAUCGAAAACGUACUCACGAUCGCGUCAAUAUUGUCGCAAAUGGUACAAUAAUUAAAGAUUCAAAUAAUAAUAAUUGGAUGGUACAAAAUUGUAUUAAAGCACGUCAUGAACGUUAUCUCUAUACAGUCACACCUGUUAAACAUCAGUCAGCUCAGCAACAACAACAACAACAUAAUAUUGUAAAAACAAAAAUAUCUCCGCUGAUGUUUUUAACAGAAAAGUUAAAAGAAUCAAGAGAAGAUAUAUUAAAUAAAGCAAAAGCUCAAAAUGAAGAACUCGAUUAUGUUUUUUAUGGUGCAGUGAUGACAACUAGUGAUGAUAAUAAUAAUAAUAACACUAACGAACAUUCAGUGACUAAUUCAACAACAGCAAAUCAACUAACGUGGUCAUCGUCUUGUACUCUAUCAUUAUCAUCAGCAGAUAGCGUUGAAAAGAAAAAUAAACAGCUUUUUAGUAAAUUUAAUGGUUCUGAAAUAACGCCACAACAUCAAAAACCAAAACAAGUGUACGAACAUAACCAUCAUCAUCAAUGUGAAAAAGUGACAAAAGUAAUUCAUGGAAUUGUUGAAUUUUUAAAAAAUGAUGAAACGUAUGACAGUAAUAAAGUGAAUAAAUAUUCGGUUGAAAUGGUAUUCACACAAGACAAAAGUCAACAAAAUGAUAAUCCAUCGGAUUUGUUACAACAAGUGUUAAAAAAAGAAAUAUUUAAAUUAAAAGAAAUAAGACGAAAAAAUACGUCUAACAGCAAUGGUGAUGGAUUUUAUAAGUUUAUUGUUAAAAAAGACCGUCUUAAUGAUCGUAAUACAUAUGAAUUACAUGAACAAGACGAAGAACAACAAACAGAAACCAAUAGUAAAGUAAUACCAACGCCAAUCCAACCUCCGAUAAAAUAUUUACUAAAGUUAGAACUAUCGUCAGCGAAUAAAACGUCGACGUCGUCAUUGUACACAAUUGAUAAUGAAAUUAACUUUUAUUCUAAAUUUGCCACACAAGAUAAGCUAAAAAGUUUUAUUAAAAAACAUCAACUUAUGUAUUUAGCUAUACCAGAAUAUGUUGCAUCUGGUCUGUAUAAACAUACAAAUGGUUCAAUAUAUAAGUUUUUAAUUAUGGAACAAUAUCGCGAUAAUUUAAAAUCGUUGAUUAAUUCCUACGAUUCGAGUUUACCUGAGCAUAAUGCAUUAAAUUUAUUUUUACAAGUACUUUAUGUAUUACAAUAUAUUCACGAGAAAAAUUAUGUACAUAAAAUUAUAAAACCGAAAUAUUUAACAUUUGCCUCCAAACAACCAUAUUUUAUUUAUUUAACUCAAUUUAGAACGGUGAAAUAUAUAAAUGAUGAUACAAUAAAUGGUGAGUUUAUUUAUUAG